ACGGACCCAACGCUGCACUGUCACUGCUCUCUCUCUCUCUCCAAAAAUAGGGGAAAAAAAAAAUUCGAAUUCUAAGAUCUAAUCUAUCUGUCUCUUUUUCAUCCUCUCGGUUCUUUUUUUCUCUUAUGCGUUUCUUCUUAUAGAACGCCCCCAGAGCUCUCGUGCAUAUCUAGGAGUCUGCCUAUUUCCUUAUUGAAUCAAACCCAAUUGAUCAGUCCGCCUAAAUCCCAAGUGAACCUGUAUGGGCUUUUUUCCUUCUUUGAAAUAUUAGACCCUGGAGGUUUGAGUUAUCAGACAGACAGGUUGCUUUGGAUGGUGAGAUUGGUACUAUACAUAUUGUUAUAGUGGGAUGAGAUCUGUAUUAUGAUUGUGUAGUUCUCAAGUGAGUGGGAAAAUCCGUUUGAAUUGUUUAGAACUUGAUAUACAAUGAGGGGAAGAUCUGAUGGGAGCCAGAAGAAGCGAUUGAUCACUUCUGUCUGUUUAGUGGCACUCUUUCUAGGAUUCAUAUACUUUUAUUAUGGAUCCAUUUUUGGCUCUCAAAGCCGUGGUGCAGCAGCUCUAGAAUAUGGCAGCAAGUCCUUGAGAAAACUUGGGUCAUCUUAUUUGGGUGGGGGUGACGAAUCUGAUGGAAAACCAGAUGAUUCUACCAAAUUUGGACAGGAAGAUGGAGAGGAAUACACUGUACCAAAGAGCUUCCCUGUUUGUGACGAUCGACAUUCAGAACUUAUUCCCUGUUUAGACAGGAAUCUUAUAUAUCAGAUGAGACUAAAGCUGGAUCUCUCUGUGAUGGAACACUAUGAACGACAUUGCCCUCCUCCAGAAAGGCGAUACAAUUGCUUGAUUCCUCCUCCAUCAGGUUACAAGAUCCCAAUUAAGUGGCCAAAAAGUAGAGAUGAAGUAUGGAAAGCAAACAUUCCUCAUACUCACCUUGCACAUGAGAAAUCUGAUCAGAACUGGAUGGUUGUUAAAGGUGACAAGAUAGCUUUUCCUGGGGGAGGCACACAUUUUCACUAUGGAGCUGAUAAAUAUAUUGCUUCAAUUGCAAAUAUGCUGAAUUUUUCAAAAAAUAACUUAAACAAUGAAGGAAGGCUAAGAACAGUUCUGGAUGUUGGCUGUGGUGUGGCUAGUUUUGGUGCUUAUCUUCUUUCAUCCAAUAUCAUUGCAAUGUCCUUGGCACCUAAUGAUGUGCAUCAAAACCAAAUCCAGUUUGCCCUAGAAAGAGGAAUUCCUGCAUAUCUUGGUGUUCUAGGGACCAAGAGACUCCCUUACCCAAGCAGAUCUUUUGAGCUUGCCCACUGUUCACGUUGUAGAAUAGAUUGGCUUCAAAGAGAUGGUAUUCUUCUUCUUGAGCUUGAUCGUUUACUCAGACCAGGAGGCUAUUUUGCCUACUCCUCUCCUGAAGCUUAUGCACAGGAUGAAGAUGAUCUCAGGAUUUGGAGAAAAAUGAGUGCACUUGUGGGACGAAUGUGUUGGAAAAUAGCUGCUAAGAGGAACCAAACUGUCAUUUGGCAAAAACCUUUAACAAAUGACUGUUAUAUGGAAAGGGAACCUGGUACUCAACCUCCUCUCUGUCGAUCUGAUGAUGAUCCGGAUGCAGUGUGGGGUGUGCGAAUGGAAGCUUGCAUUACACCUUACUCUGAUCAUGACCAGAGAGUUAAAGGGAGCGGUUUGGCUCCUUGGCCAGCUAGGUUGACUACUCCUCCUCCUAGACUUGCUGAUUUUGGCUAUUCUAGUGAAAUGUUUGAGAAGGACACGGAACGUUGGAGACAUAGAGUGGAGAAUUAUUGGAAUCUCUUGAGCCCAAAGACUCAAUCAGACACCCUGAGGAACUUGAUGGACAUGAAAGCAAACUUAGGGUCUUUUGCAGCUGCCCUUAAAGACAAGGAUGUUUGGGUGAUGAAUGUUGUGCCCAAAGAUGGACCAAAUACACUAAAAGUGAUAUAUGACAGAGGCCUGAUUGGCUCUGUACACAACUGGUGUGAAGCCUUUUCAACAUAUCCUCGGACUUAUGAUUUGCUUCAUGCUUGGACUGUCUUUUCUGACAUUGAGAAGAAAGGCUGUAGUGCUGAAGAUUUGCUCAUAGAGAUGGACCGAAUUCUUAGACCUACUGGUUUUAUAAUCAUUCGUGAUAAACAAAGCGUAGUAGAUUUUAUAAAGAAAUAUUUAGUGGCAUUGCACUGGGAAGCAGUGGCAACAGCUGAUCCCAGCUCGGAAACAGACCAGGAUGGAGAUGAUGUGGUGUUUGUUAUCCAAAAGAAGCUGUGGCUAACAAGUGAAAGCGUCAGAGAUACAGAAUAGGACAACAGUAUCUUCCUUCUAUCUCCUCUAUUUUCCAAAGUCCAAGUGCUCCAACAGAUUAAAAAGGUUGUUUGGAGCAGUGAUGCAGUAAACAAUUUCAUUUUGUAGCAUUAAGUGAUGUUCACAUUAAUUUUUCCUCCCCUUCUAUAUAAUGAUUCAAUUUGAUGGAGAGAUAAACUAUCAGCAAAUUCAGCAUCUAUAGGCUAUUCUUUUUCUCUUUUUUUUUUUCUUUGUCAUUUUGUUUUUAGUUUUGAGUGCAAUUAAAAGUACUUCAACUAUUGGUGAAUAACCACACGAAAAAUGUUAAGCUGGAGUAGGUAAGAAUUCUUGCUUCUCAUCGUCUAGUUAUUUAUAAAUGAAGCUAUUUGCUUAAUGUUGAAUGUC